AUGGAUUUAAUUGGAAAAAUCAGACCAAUCUCAAGAAAGAAAAACUGCUUCAUAAUCGUUGCAACAGACUACUUUACAAAGUGGGUUGAAGCAAAACCUUAUAAGGAAGUGAGAGAGUUUGAUGUUAUUCAAUUUAUAAAAGAAAUGAUAGUCCACAGGUUUGGAAUUCCUCAAUCUAUAACAGUGGACAAUGGAACCAUCUUUAAUGGAACCAGGGCAAAUGGUCAGGCAGAGGCCACUAAUAAGAUUAUCAAGAAUAAUUUGAGGAAAAUAGUGGCUGGAAAUCCUACAAGUUGGGACGAUUUGUUGUCUGAAAUUACAGUGAGAUCAAUGAGGAUUACAAGGCAAAAUGAAUUGACUCAUUUGGAUUAUCAAGAUGCAAUGUUUGCAGAACUUGAUGAAAUAGAUGAGGCUCGUAUGGCAGCUUUAAAUUCUAUUGUUGUACAAAAACAAAAAAUAUCUGAGAUAUAUAACAAGAGAAUUAAGGCAAAGUCAUUUGCCAUUGGGGAUUUAGUUUGGAAAGUUAUUUUGCCUAUAGGAGUUAAAGAUCCAUAUUUGGGUAAAUGGUCUGCUAAUUGGGAUGGACCUUUCUUAAUCAGCGAGGUCUUUGAUAAAAACGCUUACAAGUUGAUGGAUAUUAGUGGCAAUGAACAUGCAAGAUCCAUUAACGGAUGGAGUUUCCUAGCUUCAUUUCUCAACCAGCCAAUUGGUCUUCUUAGGAUCAAUGAUGAACUUGAAGAUGUCUUCAUUUUGUACGCACCAACUCUCGGCAUCAUGCGGAAUUACAGUCACGACGUUGUUCAAGCUUCGAUCGAGUCGAAUAAUUUCAAAAUCAUGGACAAUCUUCGCCGGCAUCCACCUGAGUUUUGA